AUGAAAAAUGAAAAAUGCGGAAAGUUUAGUCUUUUCACUUGGCAUUUGCUCUCAUUCCCGCCAUUUUUCAUUUCUACUCCCUUCAAAGUUCAAUCUUUUUGCCCGCUCUCCAUCGCCGGCCAAUCUCCCGUCUCCGUCAGUUGCAGCACCAUCCACGAGGGGGGUUCCCUCUCUCUCUCUCCUUUUUUUCUCUCUUUUUCUCUCUCCCUCGGCACUCACACUCUCUCAGUUACUGCUUGCAGCCACUACCGUGCUACUUUCCUUGCACGUCUCCGAUCACAGUCACCACCGGUUCCGGUGUUGUGCAAUGGAAAGCUCGAAUUCAAAUAUGGCUUUUUGAGGCAGGACCUGAGGAUUGAAGGUCAAAUCAUUGUAGAAAGCAGGACGGAUAUUCAAAGUCUUUUUGGGCCUAGAGUGAACGAUGACCUUUACACGACUAUCGGAUACCCCUCGAUGCUUCACACAAAUGCUAGGUCGCGUGUAGGAUGUACAAACCAUGUGAUAGAAAGAAUCGAGAGAAAAGAAAAGAGAGGAACGCCAGGAGGCUGCUGGAAUUCGCUGGGGAGAGGAGUCUUCGAUUGUCUAGGUGAUGGAGGUAAAGCGACUAGAUGAUAAGGCAGGAGUCGUCUAGACGAUGAAGCUUUACUGAGGUCAUCUAGACGAGGGUCGUCUAAACGAUGGUCGUCUACACGAUGAGGCUUGUAGAAGUAAACGAUUGUUGGGUAAAAGCUUAACGAUCGUUUGCUAAAGUUACACGAUCGUUUGGGUCAGAGGGUAUACGAAAGAGGAAGACGAUAAGAAGAAGAAGAUGAAUAUGAUCGUUUACGUGGUUCAGCCAAGGGAGACCUACGUCCACGGAGAAGUUGAUGGAGUUUUAUUUUUUUAUUCAAGAUUGCUUCAAGAUAGUGUGAUCACUCCAUUACAAUUGCUCUCUCUCUACAAAUUAGUUAUUCAAAAUAUUUAAAGAUAGUUAGGUUAACUUCACUUCUGUUUAACAAUUAUAUAACAAACAUCAAAACAAAGCUAUAUGAUUAUUCUUAUUGCUAUGGUAUAGAUGGUAUUAGAAGGUAAUAUUUUGUCUCAUAAAUAUAAUUAUUGCAUU